AUGGCAGCCCCACCAAAUAUGGAAGAAGGACAGUCAUUCACCAGACCUCCCAGAUUUAAUGGAAAGUACUAUGGGUGGUGGAAGACUAGGAUGCACGAUUUCAUCAUGGCUGAAGACUCAGAGCUAUGGGAUGUCAUAUGUGAUGGUCCCUAUAUCCCAGUUCACACAAGUGAAGACGGUAAAGAGAACAUUGUCAAAAUGAGAAAGGAAUACAACGAAGCUGACAGAAAAAGGGUGGAUAAAAACUAUAAAGCAAAUAAGAUUCUCGUAUGUGGAAUAGGACCGGAUGAGUACAAUCGAGCCUCAGCUUGUUCAUUAGCCAAAAAGAUCUGGGAAGCUCUUCAAACUACCCAUGAAGGAACAACUCAGGUAAAAAACUUUAAGAUUGACAUGCUUACCACUGAGUACAAGAUGUUCAAAAUGAAAGAGAGUGAAUCUAUCCAUGAGAUGCACACCAGAUUCACCUCCAUAAUCAACGAGCUUCACUCUCUCGGAGAAGUCAUCACAACCACCAAGCUGACCGCAAAGAGGAACCAGGUCCCCGACAGGAGUUUUAGAAGGAAAGAGACCGCUGAUGAGAUUGUGAAGCAAGUAGUUGCAGCCUGGGAAGACUCCUCAAAUGAGUCUGAGGAUGAAAAUGACAAAAGGGAAUUGUCCAUAUUGGCAAUUGAUGAUGGAGCAACUGAGUAUAAGUCAGACCUUUCACUCACGGCUGAAUCUGACACGGAUGAUGAUGAUAAUGACGAUGAGAACAAAAAAGUAAAUUUCUUCGAUAUAAAGAAAAACCUGAGACUUUUCUCUCAAAGGAAAUUUAUAUCACUGUCAGGCGUGCUGAUUGAUGUGUAUCACGGUCUGGUCAUAGAAACACAAGAGUUAAAUCUUUCUCUUGAUGAAAUAGAACUGGAUAGGGAGGACUUGUGUGUGUUAGCUAAAGAUAUGAAGAAUCAAGUUUAUGAGACAAACCAACAGAAUAUCUUGUUGGAAAGUCAAGUGAGAAAAGAUGAGGAAAUCUCCUUCAAAAAGAAGAAAAGAAGCAAGACCUUCUGA